GGUCAAGAUUAGAGUAUUCGAUAAUUAUGAUGAUAUUAAUUUGUAUUUAAACUUGAUUAUAGUUAUCUAGAAACUAGAAAUUAAUAUGAAGAUAUCGAAAAAUUGAGAAAGUUAAGAAUUAAAGCUAUAACAUUGUAUUUCAAGUUUUCCCUAAAAUUAAGUACACGAAAUUACAACAUGAAAAAAUCCAAUGAUUAAGAAUUGAAGCUAUCAAAUUUCCCUAAAAUUAAUUAUACCGAUGUAAGAUCAGAAUAUCGGAAAAAUUUGCUGAGAUGGACAAUUGGAAGAUUAGAGAAUGAAAACUAUAAACGUUGUUUGUCUCAAAUUUUAUUAAAAUUAAUUAUACAAAAUUUGUAAUAAAAUGAUGAGUUUCGUUGACCAUUGCAACGAUUGUAAGGUGUACUUUCGUUCAGGAGAGACAUUCGCAUUUAACACGAACGGGUAUUCAGGAAGCCAGAAUGUCGGAGGGCUGUACGAGUUGCAGGGGUGCGAAUUAUGCAGGCACCACGCUGCAGUUAAGCUCGGCUUCCGGUGGCGGGUCCGGAAGCGGCUCCUCCGGAUCAGGAAGCUCUUGCACAACUACAAGAAGAGUACAGGUACGCGCAAAGGUGCUGUACGGUUCUGGCAAGGCGAUCGCCAGCUUGCAAGCUCAAGAGAAAGCCGCCAGGCACUGAUAAGCGUCCUCCUCGUCCUUCUUUCCUCCGGUUUGUCGAAGUCAGCGACGAGCCAUGAGACUCUGCGAUCAUCUUCCGCGAAAGUAUCUUCGAGUCUUCGACCAACAAACGAAUCCACGUUCGACGACCGAUCCAAUCAAGACGAUGAUAAUUCCGAGGCGAUAGAAACUUUAUUUAUUCCCGAGAAUCCGAGUCAAUACGAACAGAUUCUGCUCUACGUGCGAGAAUUAUUUCAAGGAGUGGAACAAUCUGCCGAUUCGUUCGAUCAAGAAGUUCCGGCGAGUCUUGAGAGGAACGUAACUGAUAGUACGAGCGACGAGGAUCGAUUUUCGAAGCUGGAAGAGCGAUUCCGAGAGAGGAAUUCGCAGCCGUCGAAGAGAGAAGAGGACGAGGAAAAGUAUCCGCAGAGAAAUCCCGAGGGAGGAGUUUCAUCGGGGACAACCGUACAGGAUCAUAGAAUGGAUGACGUAGUUUCGACAGAAAGAAAUAACUAUGACGCUGGCUACAAAAGGAAAACCGAGCCCGACGAGGACGACUUGUUGGAGGCGGCUAAUUUUGGGCUCGAUGCCAUGAAGGAUUUGUAUACUGUUAAGGAACCGAAGCUUUACUCGAUGGGUCUUUACCUGGACUCGGACAAUCCUGCGAGGCACGUGGCAGUUUUUAACGAACAAACAGAAGAAGCAAGGUUCCUCGCCAAGUACGGAUACGCGGUUCUUCAGGGCACCACGUUGUUCAGAAGAAAAUUCCCAAAUACUCCGGCAGACUCGCUUCUGUCUCGUCGCAGUCAAAGCAAUCCACUUCAACGUGGCUGCCCAAACAGAGGAGUUCCCAACUGUCCGGCAGCCAGUUUGAGAUACAGAACGUCUGAUGGAAGCUGCAAUAACCUGCAGCAUCUAUGGUGGGGCUCCGCCAUGUCCACUAUGCAAAGGUUCCUGCCUUCGGUUUACGAUGAUGGCAUUCAGAGUAUCAGGAAAUCGGUGACAGGAAGACCACUUCCUAGCGCAAGACUAGUGACCACGGUGAUUCACGAGGACAAAGAUGUCCCCUUGGAAGCUGUUACUCACAUGCUCAUGCAGUGGGGACAGUUUGUCGAUCAUGAUUUAACAGCCACCGGGCAAGGCAGAGGAUUUAAUGGCUCUAUACCUCAAUGUUGUCUGAAAUUCGGAUCCGGUUUCCAACCACCGGAAUUCAUGCAUCCAGAAUGUUUGCCAAUAUCAGUAAGCAAACACGAUAAUUUCUUCGGUCCUUUGGGUGUUAAAUGUUUAGAGUUCGUUCGAAGCGGUUCAGCACCGAAAGAAGAUUGUGAAUUUGGCCCCAGAGAGCAAUUAUCACAGGUGACAAGUUAUCUAGAUGCUUCUGUGGUAUACAGCAACAGCGCCUUUCAAACAGACUCCUUACGAUUAUUUCGGAAUGGUUUAUUGCAAUAUGGGAGGAUUCAGUCGCAGAGACCGGUGCUGCCUAAACUCGAUUCCGAUCUCUGUAGACGCGGAUCAUUGUCCACGAAUUGUUUCAAAGCCGGCGAUGGUCGUCUCGGCGAGCAACCUGCCCUCACGUCUCUUCACGUAGCGUUUUUGAGGCUUCACAAUAGAAUUGCGACGAAACUUGCUGCGUUGAAUGCUCAUUGGAGCGACGAGAAACUAUUUCAAGAAUCCCGGAGAAUCGUCGCGUCCAUUGUCCAGCACAUCACCUACAGAGAAUUCCUGCCUAUUGUUCUUGGUCAAGACGUGAUGAAAAUAUUCGACCUCGAACUCUUGAAGAAAGGCUAUUACGAAGGUUACGACCCAACAGUGAAACCAACUAUCGCGAAUGCGUUUUCUACGGCUGCCUAUCGCUUUGGUCAUUCUCUCGUUCAACAGAGCUUCGUCCGAUUUAACAGCGAUCAUCAGCCAAUUUUCAACAAUGUAUCCAUCCACAAUGAGUUCAUGAAUCCAGCAAACCUGGAAACAGCCGGCUCAGUGGAUCGUCUUCUUCUUGGUCUGAUCAAUCAAAACGCCCAAAGAAGAGACGAACACAUAAGCGAAGAGUUAACCAACCAUCUGUUUCAAACUCCAAGAUUCCCCUUUGGAAUGGAUCUAGCUUCGAUCAACAUCCAACGAGGCAGAGAUCAUGGAAUUCCCCCAUACGUACGAUGGCGAGAGCCCUGUGCUCUAUCGCCGAUAAAAAGCUUUGACGAUUUAGAGAAAGUUAUGCCACCAUCCACGGCUAGAAGGUUCAAAUUAGUCUACUCGUCCGUCGAAGAUAUCGAUUUAUUCACUGGAGGACUUGCAGAGAAAUCAGUGAAGAGCGGUUUAGUUGGACCCACGUUUGCUUGUAUAAUUGGCCAGCAGUUUAAUAAUAUACGUAGAGGAGACAGAUUCUGGUAUGAGAAUUCGAAGCAGGAAAGCAGUUUCACGCCUGGACAGCUCCAACAAAUCAGGAGAGUCACUCUAGCUCAAGUUCUUUGCUCAACUAUGGAUAGUAUAGAGACUAUACAACCAUUUGUGUUCUUGACACAGGAUACUCUGAAGAAUCAACGUAGACCUUGCAGCGAUUCUAUUAUUGGACAAUUGAAUUUAGAAUCAUGGGUAGAGAGAAAUCCAAAAUUUAGAAGAGAAGGUAUCAUUGAUAAAAUAAAGAAGUACGCUUCAGUCAGUACAACCACUUCAAAAUCUACAGAUUUAUACUCUCAUAACUUAAACCCUGCAGAAACAAGCGUUCAUCAGCAGAACAGGAUUGUCGUGAAGAAGCCUUUUGGUCCUGUAGAUAAUCUAACCAUAGUUGUACAAAAUAAUGCAAUUAAUUCACCUGUCUUUGUGAAUGAUGCUAUCUAUGGGUCCAAUAUAAAAGUGAAUCCCUCGUUGGUCCAGGAAGCACAACAGAGACCAGUUUCUGAAGCAUCUAUGCCUAUUCCAACUUAUCUUCCAGCAAAACCUGUGAUAAUAGCGCAUCCUCUAGGAGAUCCUGUUUACCCUUAUGUUCCAUAUGCCUUCAAUGAUCCCAAUAAUCCUAAUCCUUUGAGCCAAGGAUAUAGACCUAGCUACUCUAGCGAUGUUGUAUUUGAUAGUUUCCCUGGAACCAGUCCAAGACCAACUUUGUACACUUAUUAUACCAACUUCCAAAAAUUGACUACUCAGAAACCUUCUCAAGAUGUGGACGCUUAUAUUACAAAUUAUAAACCUCAGGACCAUGGAUCUAAACCAAGCUCGUGGCCUAAUUCACAGUAUCAGAGUCAACCAUCGUCGAAACCACUUUACAGUUCUACUCAGAGACCUCAAGAUGUGGACGCAUAUAUUACAAAUUAUAAACCUGAGGACCAUGGAUCUAAACCAAGCUCGUGGCCUAAUUCACAGUAUCAGAGUCAGCCAUCGUCCAAACCAGUUUACAGUUUUACCCAGAGACCUCAAGAUGUGGACGCAUAUAUUACAAAUUAUAAACCUCAGGACCAUGGAUCUAAACCAAGCUCGUGGCCUAAUUCACAGUAUCAGAGUCAACCAUCGUCCAAACCAGUUUACAGUUCUACUCAGAGACCUCAAGAUGUAGACGCAUAUGUUGCUAAUUAUAAGCCACAUGAUCAUGGACCUGAAUUGAAUACGUGGCCUAAUUCACAGUAUCAGAGUCAACCAUCGACCAAGCCUGUUUAUGAUUUACCAGAGCACAAUAAUCAAGGACAUGGAAUCAAUAUUUGGCAGAAAUUGCAAUAUAAGCCUGUGGUUUUGGUCGGUCAAACAGAUUCUGGUAAUUUACAGAGCUAUGCACAAACUUCGAACCACCCGCAGAGUUAUCUAAAAGAUUCUGAAGAUACGUACAUCAAACCUGCAAAUAGCCAACAUGAUUACGUAAAAGAUUUAGAAAAUAGGUAUACCACGUGGUCUACCGUCUCUUCUGAUAAGAAGACUGAGGAGACAGUAAUAAAUGAUCCGUACUAUAGACCUUAUCAAGAACCAAAUAGAAAGCCAAUACAGAGUAAUUAUGGAUCAAGUUAUCAAAUUGAUUUCCCUGGCAGACCUACCGUAAGCUUAAACGACAAAGGAACCACCGUCCACCCUAACGCUUUCUAUUUAAGUUCCUCUGCAAGACCAAUUUCUAAUAACGAAUAUAAUAAAGAGUUCAGUAGCUGGCCUGCCAGUCAGAACGAUUAUGAUAUAGCGACUCACUCGACUCCUAUUUACAGACCAGCGCAGCAGAUUAGCGAUUAUCAAACGAGUAAACCCGAGAACUCUUAUCAGAAUGCGCAACCUAAACCGUCGAAAAUUCACAGCGUGACGAUCAUCACGGCGAGUCAAAGCGGAAAUGAGGUCGACAGACUCGAGAAUCGAGUUACCAGUGAAGUUCCAAGACCGUUGACUACCCAAAUAGCCAACGACAGAGCGAAAAGGCCUGGGCAAUAUUAUUACGAGAAGAACGUGCUACAUCGGUAUCCAGAUAAGAUGGAGGAUCAGCCAGCGUAUAACGCUGAACAGAGACAUAAAUCAGCGAGCAACGAGGUGUCGAUCGAUGAUACUCUUAUCGUGGCUUCCGUGAGGAACCAGCUUAUCGAUGGAAACGGGAACAAUACAGACGUCAAGACAAUGAGUCAGACGAGAAAUGAAUCGUCCGAUAGCACAACAAGCGAUGAUGUGGAUUACGGUCUUGGCGAUGCUUUCUCAGAAGAGAUUGAAAUUCCGCCAAGCUACAGAACGAGUCAUUGGCUGAACCCACAUGAGGACACCAGCCUACCGUCAGCUCUGGAGAUGCCAAAAAUCCCAUCAGACAAAACCAGCGCCGCCAAGGAACUACCAAAACCUAUGAAGCUGAGAAAUUACGCCGUGUAACACUAAGUCCUCUUCCUAUCUUCAUUUUCACAUUCGCUGAACGGCCGUUCCACUUGGUUCGCCACUGCGUAAUCCUCGCGAAUUAGAGAACGUGUAAUUAAUUUAAUUCUAGACGUAGAUGGUUCGCAACGUUAGUAUUUAUUGUUCUUUUAGAAUGAUCUUCACUGCGUGAAAUGAUCGAUGGCUUUUAAUUUAGCUCGUAAGUGCCGGCAUUCAAUCCAUUGAGGAUCAACAUUUCAUUUGUUAUUUCGUAUUUUAGUCAAUUCCAACAAGAAAGUUGUAAAACGCUAUCGAAUUCGUAUUGUGGAUCCUCAAAAAUAUUCUAUAAAUUUACAGAAAAACUUUCUUGCUACUAUCUCCUCUUCCACUUAAAGAUGUUUUAUCUUAUUCGUUUGUUACGAUAUUAAUUCAUCUCGCGAUAGAUCUUACAAUUUUAUACAGUUUGAUUUGAUGAUACAAUCGGACUACUUUGCAGCACUAUGAUGAACCAGCUUCUUUUCUCUGAAUUAUAGAAGUUCAUUUCGUGUCUAUUAUUUAUGGCGGGCUUGUGUAAUAUUAUUCUGUAAUAUUUAUUAUUCUAACAUAUUUUUCGCAUCUUGAUGAAACGACGAUAGUUUUAUCUUUUAACUUAGAUUACUACGCUGUUUAUCCUUAAUGGGUUAAUGAUCAUUAGACGUUGAUAGUCGUGCGAGACGCGCGUUAUUUAUAUAGAGGAAUAAUACACACGACGAGGGAGUAUUGCACAAUGAUUGCAUGCGCUUAGAACGUUUCUCAAGGGUCGGAUGGAAUGUGUAGCCUAGUUUUAUGCCAAUUUUAAACCGUCUCAAUGCGCCGCCUGGAACUACUCCGGACUAUUUUCAGAUGCAGUUCCCGUGUCACUGCGUUUCAUAUGCCGCCUCUCUACACCAGUAAUUUUAAUUACACCUUUAGCAACCUCCCUAUGUUUCAUCCUAACGAACCGUUCUUUAGAGUAACGAAGCAUUCUCUUCGAAUAGUAUCGGUCGACACCGCCGUCGUUUCUCAAUUAACACCGGUAUAGUGUUAUGAAAUUAUGGUACUUGAUCAGCGUCGAUUUAAUAAGCGAAUCGAAUUAGCCUACAUUCGUCUUCUUCUUUUCGAUUGUAAAACACGCUUAAAUUGUAGAUGAUGAUUAUUAAAUUCGAUCAAAACGUUACUUUCCUCCACGUUUAAUUGUGACAGUCGUUGGAAAUUGAACAUCGAUCGAUCAAUGGUACGGCUAAACACAGUGGAUUCCAGAUCUUUGGUUUUUCAUAUAUUCGUUAAAGUAUGCAAACAAUUUCGUUAAAACGUUUUUUUUCUUUAAUUCGAUUCGAUAGCCGCUAGAACGAUGGAUUUCACUUUUUCUCUCUCUCUUUUUUUUUUUUUUGGUUUUUAUAUUAGUCCAAAGUGGCGAGUGAUUUUGACGAAAGCUCAGUCCGAACAGAUCGCCGUUGGAACAACGUGAAACUCGUUAAAAUAGUGGAUUUUAAACCUUCUAGUUUCUAUAUGAAUGGAAACACGAAAGUGCUUUUAACAAUUGCAUACACGGUAGAAUCUCGAUUACGAGAACUAAUAGUGACGCAUACCGAUGGAACAACAGCGUUCUUUAGGUAAUUGAAUGACUUUGUUCUCGUACGAUUUUACAUAUUGAAAACGUUUCUAACAAGGAAUCAUCUGAAAAUUUGACGUUGUUCAAAGUAAAAUUAAAUCGUUCGAUUAAAUCACGAUUUGAUAAUCAAAAUUCAUUUUACAUUUAUUAUCAUCGUGCCUUAAUUUUAAUCAUUCGUGUAUUACAGGAGCAGAUUCACCAGUCAUCCUGCAUAUUUAGAUACAUAUAAGAAAUUUAGUAUUAAAUUUAAUUUAAUCGAAGCUUUCAGCAAAUCUGGAGGAAUUUCAUAGUUGUUCGUUAGAGAUAGAAGUUUGAGGAAACUGGCGGCAAAUAAAGCUCACUAGCUACGUUACUCCCGAAGAGUAGAGCGGGUGUUUCGCAUCUCGAAGAAAAUUCGGUCUUUAACAUGCCAUUAAAUGAAACGUCGAAGGCUGCCUCAAUGGCUAUUCAACUUGUAAGCCCCGCUUGGAAAGUUCUUACUUUGAACAGUCUGGUACUCACUGCUGUAAAUUAUAAACCUUGCUGGAAGAUACAUUCCAUACUUUUACUGAAUCUUAGCGGAGUGCAAAAUUGGAAUUUCCUUCGUCGAUGGGCAAACAAAAAAUCAAUAUUUUCUGAUUUCACAACGUGCACCGAUAUAAAAUAUUGCGGAUUCCUGAAGUAACCGUUAACAAAAGAGUCAAUGGGUUUAUAAUAUUAAUAGCGACGAUCAAGACGUUCUUUUCGAAAAGAAUAGAUCGGUACGUUGCAUGGAAGAAUUCUAAUUUUUAUAAAAUUCAGAAUUUUUCAUUCUGACUAAUAUGAAAUCAAAUAUUCUAACUAAAUAUUCUUAUUAUUCUAAACUUCAGUUUCCGUAAUAAACUGGUAUAGUAAAUAUUCUAAACUUUGAUUGUCAUAAAAUUGAAAAUUUUUUAUUUCAAUUCUCAUAAAAUUAAAUAUUCCGGAUUGCAGUUCCCACAAAGUUAAAAAUUCUAUAUUCCAAUUGUAUAAAAUUAAAUAUUCUAGAUUCCAAUUCCCACAAAAUUAAAGAUUCUAAGAUUGAAUAAAACAAAUCGUAGAGCUCGUAAAACAAAAGAAUAUAUUCUGAUCUCCAUAAAAGUUCCUAUCCUCUUCCAAGAAUAAGUGGCGAUUCUGGUCGUAUAUCGCGGAAAAACAGAUGCUCGAUCUAAAUGAUCGCUAGGCGGCGGUUUUCGGGUCAUCAGAGAGCAGAGGCAACAGCCGAUCGAAAUGCAGUUUUCGAUGUCACGACCUGGAUCCGCUGUUUCUGCGGUUUGCUACGUGUUAACCGGGCUCGAUGAUGAGAAACGAUAGAAACUCGGAGUUUGGCCAAACCAGUUCGUCCGAGGCGACUCGUUUCAAUCGUUCGCGCUGUACUUUAUUGCAACACCGUUACGAUAUGCAAUAAAACGUCACUCUUUAUACUCGGUAACAAUAAAAAGGUCUGCAUAAAGAUUGAAAUAACAUUUCCAGCAAUCGUUUCACGCGACAAAUGGCUUGCUUAAAAGCAGUUGUUACCGGACUUGAUUUGCCAAUUCCGCGAGACUUUCUUCUUAAUUACAGGGAAUGACCUUUUCCACGACUUCUUUCCCUUUUCUUUAUUUCUCUUUUUUGGUUGUUCGAUUAAACUAGUCCACAAAAGUGGAUCUCUUCGUGAAAGCUUGGCCAGACUGGUAUGGAUUGGCACCAAUGAAAACAGCCAAUUGCAGCUACACCCGUUUCCAACAUUCUGCUUCUUCGACAUCUCAUGGAAAAUCUUUUUUUUUCGAUAAAUGCUGAACGUGAAAUUCCGGUUUAAUAUAGGUUACAUACACUGGCGGAUAUAAAUAAGUAUUAGGUCACUUAUCAGUAUAUAUUACGAAUUGAAUAUUUUCCACUGCUUUCAUUUUCUAGUUAAUUUAUUAUAAAUGUGUCAUUCUAUUCGCACUACGUGCGAAAUACCAGAUAAAAUAAAAUUUGUUAGAAAAAUACGUGUAAAGUAUAAAAGUGUGAUGAGUAUGUGUUCUAAUAUUUGUAGUUAGCAGUGUAUACCGAUGAUAUUAAAGAUUAGAGUCUAUCGAGCAAAGUGAUUCUAAAAAUUGGCUAACGAUAUUCAAUGCAAACAUGAACUCUACAAAUCAUAAACGUGUCAACGAUGCUUAUCAGCGACUCGAAAUUGAACGUCUUUAAUUGCCAUGAUAACUUUUCGUAACACUUUGAGCCAAUUGGUUUCGAUUAAUCAAAGUUUCUGCACGAAACAAAUUCGCGGUGCUUAUCUUUUAAGUGGAUUAUCGAACGAUUAUACAACAAGUUAAAUUAUUCGAAAGCAAAUUGAAUAGAUUGAUCACUCAUCAAACAUGGAAAAAUGGAUCGAAUCUUUCUGGCUGUCAAUUCAGAUUGAAUUAGUCGACAAGAAUUAUAAAAUUGUGUAAUAUUUAUUCUACGUCACAGAAUAUGUAUUUAAAAUUA